AUGUCUUCCAACACUAGGGCAGCUAAGAAGAGGCAAUCGUGGGAACCACGGUAUCUCAUGACGUUACUUCCCGAAGACGUCAUCGUUGACAUCAUAGCACGUGUACCGAGAUGCGACUAUCCAACACUCUCCCUCGUUUCUAAGCAAUUUCGAUCCCUCGUUGCGUCCCCUGAGAUAUAUGUGUUUGAUCAGACUAAGGGUGCCUACAGCAUCGAUUGUAGAUCUCACACAGUGCAGGCUCUCCCGAGCAUGCCUAUACCCAUGUAUCGUACAGUGGCUGACAUCAUCGACGGAAAAAUAUAUGUAAUUGGAGAUAUCUAUUGUGAUGAUGGCUGGAAGAAUGUGAUAGUGGUGUUCAAUACAGAAACACAAAAGUGGGAGGAGCCUGUGAUAAAGAAGGAAAAUAAUUGGGAAAGAGACGAGAUGCUGGAUGUAAAGAAGUGGAAAUAUGCGUGUUUGGUUGAUGAUGUAUUGUAUUACUGCGAUAGAGCUGAGAAAAGUUUAAGAGCGUAUGAUCCAAAGCAGAGAUGUUGGGGAGUGGUGAAUGGUUUGGAAGAUUUGUUGGUUAAGAUCAAUGAGUGGUCAGUCAUUGAAACUGUGAGUUACGGUGGGAGACUAGUUUUGUUUUUCUAUGACUAUAGAGGAAAAACAACAGAGCUUUGGUGUGCGGAGAUAUCGCUGGAAAGACGUCGAGGAAAAGAGAUUUGGGGUCAACUUGAGUGGUGUGAUCUUGUUCUGAUUGCCGACGUAUUAAAGCAUGACGAAAUCUAUAGCUGUUACGGUUUGAUGCAGAAAUCUUCAUAA